AUGGCAGAAGCAUUCGCCAUCGUCGGCGUCGUCCAAAGUGCGCUAUCUCUUGUCAGCUAUGGUGGAAAAGUUGUCAAGCGUAUUAACGAAUUCAACCAUAACGUCAAAGGAAUGCCAGAGAGCUUCGUAAAGAUCCAACAACGAUUGCCCGUACUGCUAAACAUUGUCGAACAUUUACAAGCGAGCCACAGCGAAUUGAAUGCAAACACAGAGCCCCUCCUCAUACCAUUAUUAGACGGCCUUCGUAAGGAUAUACUGAGCUUCGAUAAGACCCUUUUGAAAGUUUUACCGUCACCGCACGCUUCAAACAAGGAGAAGAUCACCAAAGCCAUCAGAGGUGUUGGAAUCCAGAAGAAGAUUGAUGAAUUCUGGUCGAGCAUCCAGGACUACAUCAAUACACUGAUAGCUUUCCAGCAAACACGCCAUGCCGACUCUCUUCGUAAGUUGAUGGCUAAGGUUGAAGGCCGACUUGAGCGACCUGCGGAGCCACCCACCUAUGAGGCGUCGCUACCGUCUAUACCAAAGACAAACCCGAAACCGGUCUGGAUGGUCAAGUAUAAUCUCGAAGAAGCGUUUGUGGGUCGUGAUGGAAUCAUGAGUACAAUUGAAAUGCAGUUGACGGAGAGUAGCCACCGAGCGGCGCUUGCUGGCAUAGGUGGGGUGGGGAAGUCUCGUAUAGCGAUCCAAUACUCGUACCGACACCGACAGCUGCAUCCCACCAGCCAUAUUUUCUGGGUGCAUGGAGGCAGUAGAUCACGAUUCGAGACCGAUUACCGCAACAUAGCCAGACUGCUCGAUCUGCCGGGUCGCGAAGAUCCUGACCUGGACAUUCUCGGGCUGGUCACUGACUGGCUAAGUGACGAAGCAAAUGGGCCGUGGCUGAUGAUCUUAGAUAAUGCUGAUGACCGUGAUCUCUGGCUGGCAUCUCAGAAGAAAAUUGCCCAGACUAACAGUGCAUUCAUGCCACUCAUCCACCAUCUACCUCGAUGCAUCGCAGGGAGUCUGCUAGUCACUACGAGAGACCGCCAGCUCGGCCAUCAGAUCCUCGAAAGGAAACAGCAACCAUUGCUGAUCUCCAGACUUGAGCCCAAAGAGGCACAAUCUUUGCUAUCAGCCAAGCUCUCAGACCAGCAGCUAAACCUGGAAGUCAUCGAGAAGCUUGCUAGAGAGUUGGAGUACCUUCCCCUCACCAUUACGCAGGCUGCCGCAUAUCUUGAGCAAACCGAGAUUUCAGCGUCGGAGUAUCUCGAGGUUUUCCGAGCAGGCCGAUCAGACAUACCGAACCUGCUAGAAGAGAGCAUCUAUGACCCGAGUCGAGACUACGAAAGUUCCAAUUCCGUCUUUCAAACAUGGCGGCUAUCCUUCGAGCAGCUGACAAUGCAGAGUCCCAAAGCAGCCGACAUGCUAUCCUUGAUGGCCGUUCUCGAUCGGCAGGCGAUACCCUCUGAGCUCAUACAGGCGCCUGGCGGGAAUGUGCUUGAUCGAAAAGCCGCAAUCGCCAAGCUUAAAGCGUUUUCCCUGAUUCAAGAAGAAAGCUCCUCCAACAAAUACAGCCUUCAUCGGUUGGUACAGCUUUCAACGCAAAGAUGGCUGGCCGAUCACGACAAGCUUUCACACUGGCAGAAGGCCGCCGUUGGCGCCGUGGCACGAGAGUACCCCGUCGACGUGACCUUCGAUCAAUGGGCCUUGAUCCAAGAUUUAAGCUCGCAUGUUCAGAUUGUGCUUGCCCAUGACUUUUCCGAUCCAACUCCACUGGUCAACAGAGCGCGUAUACUGCAUUGCCUUGGACACUACACAAUGGAACAAGGCCAAACGAGCGCAGCAUUGCAAAUGCUACUGGAAUCUCACCGACUACGAGAGAAACAGCUCGGCCGGGAAGAUGAGCUCACGCUAGAGACCUUAGGACUGGUCGGUCUAGCGCACAGCAAACUACAUCAACAUAAAUCAGCACGUAAAGUACUCCAACGAUUCCAUGACUCAACAAAUCGCGUCUUAGGACCUCGCCACCGAUUAACUCUAAAGGGCAAGUCACGACUCGCAGUAUGCUAUAACAACGAAGGAAAGCUAAGGGAAGGGAAAGAACUCUCUCUCCAGGCAUUGCAAUUAGUAGAAGAGGAGUUCGGUCCAGACAGUGAAGACACCAUCAGAGUAUUGACAAAUAUUGCAUACUGCUGCAACAGACUACGCCAAUGGCGGGAAGCGGAAGACAUCGGCCUCCGAGUCCUCAAGCAAAGAAUGGAGCAACGAGGUCCCGACCACCCCGAUACACUAAUAAUAAUGGGCGCUCUAGCAUGGACCUACCGCGCGCAAUCGCGCUUCCAAGAAGCCGAAGAACUUGACCGCAAAGCGCUACUCCGCCGACUUGAGAUCCUAGGACCUGACCAUCCAAAAACCCAACUGUCAAUGACGAAACUUGCCGAAAACUGUGGCCUCCUAGGUGAUUGGGAACGAGCGGGAGAGCUGCAGCGAGAGGUUGUGGAGGCGAAGCAACGAACGUUUGGUGCGCAGCAUGGUAGCACCAAGCGCGCGAGAAGAUAUUUAAAACUUGUGGAAGCUGCCUUAAAGGAUGAGGGGAAUGAGCUAGCUGCGGUUCAGUGGUUGACGAAAGGUGGUGGGAAAGAAUCGACCAGGAUGCCUAGAGGUAAUCACAGUGAAAGCGCUAAAACGAGCAGUCACGACUACCACGACUCGGUAAUGCAUAGCAGAAAUGGCUCCACCGUGUCCGUGCCUUGCUUUUCAAGUAUGACACCUGUCACGUCACCAGGCGCUCAGAGACAUUCUCACGCCCCCAGCCCAUCCGACCCCGACCUCCAGGAUGCCCGUAACGAAGUCACCCGCACGUUGCAAGCAAUCAAAGAAGCUCAAGCGCAGUUAGCGCGCCUGAACCGAGAUCUGGCGCAACAUGUCCAAGAAUUCGCUCGUGGCAACAGGACGGUAAGAUCCGCAGAAUUUGAGAUCCUACGAUAUGAUCACAGAGACCAGGUAUACGCCAACAUGAGAAAAGCUCAAACGGAGCAUGAAGGGGCGAAGGAGCGUCUUAUGAGACUUGGAAUGGCCGGAUACAAUGAAAGUGAAGGUGCAAAACGUGAUGGGCAUUCAGCCUCUUCAUUAACGCCGCGAACAGCAAUGCGACCUAACAGCGCGGACAGCCUAGAUACCCUUGUUGAGCCUCAACCUUCGCUACAGGCAUCAUGA